AUGUAUUUUGUUAUAGCCGGACUGUCGAAGAAGUUCAAGUGCAUGCGGUGCUCGAAGGCGUACAAACACCGCCCGAACUUGUACCGGCAUGCCAAGUACGAGUGCGACGGGGUGGCGAGGUUCGUGUGCGACCAAUGCGGCAAAGCCUACACUCAAAAAGCCUCCCUCAAAAUCCACAAGGGCUGCAACUCCACAUGCCCGGCUCCAAUUUGCCCUAAUUCGGUGCGUGUUUCAGGUUUCUAUCCGGACGCGAAGGCGCUGUCGAAGGCCGAGUCGUACCAGUGCGACAUUUGCCACAAAAUGUACAAGUACUCGCACUCGUUGAGCCGCCACAGGAAGUACGAGUGCGGCAAACAGCCCUCGUUCGAAUGCUUCGUGAUCGGCUGCAAGUACAAGUCGAAGAGGAAGGAUAAUCUCAACGCGCACGUGCCUGAUUGUCGGUACGAGUGCCGCACGUGCGGCAGACGGUACGCGGUGAAGAACUCGCUGAAGUACCAUCUGAAAUUCCGGUGCAAACAGAAAAGGAAAUUCGGAUGCAAGCUGUGCGAGCACCGGUGCAACACGAAGGGCAACCUCAAGAGCCACUUGUUCCACAAGCACAAGCUCCAUUUGUCCGCCAUCGAGGUGGAGCAAUAUUGGAAGAUGGAUUUCGAAUAG